GGAUUUUUGUCGCUAAACACAGAGUAUUGUGUACAAUGAUCGGGUGCCUAAGUAACUUUUGUUGUUGACCUACAGUGGAACGUAUUCGUGGGCGUUCUGCGGCGACUUAUCGACAAAACGUAGCAAGGGGGUCGCAACACUUUGUACGCACGACAGUCCGACAGCACCAGCAGUUAAUAGCUCCGACAAGAUCAAAAGCAAAGAGAAAAGGGAAUUGAGGGCCAAUCGAGCACAUACGGAGUACGGUACUAUUUUCUCUUCCGAGCGGGCCCAAAAGGGCACAACCAACAAUGGUGUCAUCGUCAUCGUCUCCGGCAUCGACGUCGUCGCCGUCGGCGUCAUCGAGGUCAAGGCCGAGGUCGAGGUCGCCUCGCUUCAACCUUCCACGGUCGGAAACGGAACCGUGGUACCGAGUCAUCACUCUGGACCUGUUGUUUUUGAUCCUGGCCAACUCGGUCUUCCAUCCUUACGUCAGCUUCAUCUUUUACCUGUGCAUCGCGGCCCUGCACAAACACCGAGAACCCAUCGCCCACUACACCCUCUGGUACACGGCGUUCUUGGUGGCCGUCGAGGUCGCGGCCUGGGCGAACCAGCGCGUCACGUACGGCCGGCACAGAAAGGUCGCGUGGGAGAGCGAGGUCGUCGUCAUCACGGGAGGGGCGAGCGGGUUGGGGAGGGCGAUGGCCGAGAUGCUCCUCCGCAAGGGCGUGAGCGUCGCCGUGCUGGACACCAAAGGACCGGACGAGCAAGCAAAAGAGACCAUGGAGCGGUGGGAUUUGGUUUGGGAGGUGGUGGACGUCAGCGACGCGAGAAAGGUCGAGAGGGCCGUUGAGAAGGUUAUAAAAGAGCUCGGUGAACCAACGAUCCUAGUCAACAACGCGGCGUCGACCAUCGCUGGUCUACCGUUACUACCGGCAUCGACAUCGUCGUCCAAGUCCAAACCCAAUGGUCAAAACUCUACACUCUCACCGAACCAAGCGAGCAGAACGUUGUCCAUCAACGCCGUCUCGCAUUUCAACCUCCUCUCGGCCGUCUUGCCACGUCUGAUCUCUUCAAAGACGGGCGCGCACGUCGUCACCGUCUCCUCUGUCCUGGCACACCUCUCGCCGGCCUCACUGGCGGAUUACAGUGCUUCCAAAGCGGCGGCGUCCUCCCUCCACCAGACCCUGUGCCACGAACUCCGCACGCAUCCCGAUCCCGACGUGUUUGCGAGGGUCAAGACCCUCCUAGUCGAAACUGGACAACUCGACACGCAGCUCUUUGCCGAUAUCACGUCCCUACCCUUCUACGCGCACUUUUUCGGCCCCGUGCUUACGGCCCAGGAGGUGGCCAAGGAAAUCAUUCGGACCAUCGAGCGUGGCGACGGAGGUGUGAUCAGGAUGCCGCUUUAUGCAAAAUGUAUACCGCUGUACCACCUGCUUCCGGGCACGUUGCAGCUUUUUGUGCGCUGGGUUAGUGGUGUUGAUGCUGCCAUCAGCCAGAGGAACAAGAAGGCCUGA